AUGGGUUCAGAAUAUACAUCACUUCUAUAUUAUUGUGAGGCACGUUGGCUUUCUCGUUCCAAAGUACUUCAAAGGGUGUUUGAGCUAAAAGAAGAGAUCGCCAUAUUCCUUACAGAUAAUAAUAGAGAUGAAGCAAACUUGUUUUAUGACACGAAAUUCCUUGUAAAACUUGCGUAUUUAGUGGAUAUUUUUCAAAGACUCAGUACUUUAAAUAAAUCAAUGCAAAGGCCUCAAAUUCAUGCUUUUGUCCAGAAAGACAAGGUUACUGCAUUUAUGAGAAAAUUGGAACUGUGGAUAAUAAGUUUGAAAAAUAAUAACUUUGACAUGUUUCCCACUUUUAAAAUUACCUGUCUUGAAGAUGAAAUAGAAGAAAGUAAAGUUCUUAUUAAUAAACACUUGACCAGUUUAAGGGAGCAAUUCUCGUUUUACUUUAAAGAUCUUGACAUGUCCAAAUAUGAAUGGAUUAGAAACCCGUUUGUGAUUGAAAAAUAUGCUGAUUUUGGCCUUACGACAGCAGAGCAGGAAAUGAUAAUUGACUUAUCUAGUGACAGCACAUUAAAGCAGAUGUUUCAACACGAAAAUAAUAUUGUCACGUUUUGGUUACGAGUAAAGGACGAGUUUCCUACUUUAACAAAUAAAGCUUUAGAAAUUUUAUUGCCCUUUGUAACAUCUUACUUAUGUGAAACUGGGUUUUCUGCAGUAGCUGUCUUAAAGACAAAGUAUCGAUCUUGCUUAAAGAUUGAAAAGGAACUGAGAACCGCGAUAUCUUCAAUGAUACCACGGUUUGACAAAAUUUGUGCUGAAAAACAAGCUCACCCUUCACAUUAA